CUGCAGUGGUCUGCAGAAAGAAGACAGGAACAAGAUCGUGGCAGACAUGGACUUGCAUUGUGAUUAUAAUGAUAUUUCGGCUUCUGAACAACAAUCUGGCAAGAUAAGUAAGACAGCAUUUAAAUUAUUUGGGAGGAAAAAGUCAGGGGGCACCAUGCCUAGUAUUUUUAGUGUGAAAAACAAAGGGGAUAGGAAAAGCUCCUUGAAAAUGGGGCUUGUUAGAAGCAAAACGCAUGAUGGAAUUGCUGAUAUGGGACUGGAAGUGAGCAACAAGGAAGAAUCUUUGAGUAAUUAUCAACUGGACAAUGAUUCCAGUUCAAAAAUAGUCAGCAGUAUGAGCUUUGCUGCUGGUGGUUGUGGACCUAUUGCUAAGUCUCACAGUUUUUUUUCUUUACUAAAAAGGAAUAGUAGAUUAGAAAAUGGCAAGGGAGAAUCAGUGCAUUCAAACUCUGACCAGGUGAAAGAUAAGAGUUGCAACAGACAAAAGAAAGGACUGAAAGGGUUGUUCAGCAGCAUGAGAUGGCAUAAAAAGGAUAAAAUCAGUAAAGAAGAAAAAGCUGAGUACCUGGAAAUUCAUGGCACUAUUACAUUGCCUAGCUCUUUGACUGCCAGCUUGGAAUGUGUGAAAGAAGAGACACAGAAAUCUUGUUCUGAACCUGAAAGUGUUGCAGUGGAAAUGCAAAGCAAGUUAUCCUCUGAAAUGCAGAAUGUUAAUGAGGGCACCUGCAUUGAGGAACCAAAACAAGCCAAUAGUGGGAAGUGCCUUUCAGAAUUAUGUAAGGAUUUGGAGAAAGCUGCCAUUGACCACCAGUUAUUGGACCAAGAUUCUAAUGUCAAGGCAUUAGAACAGCUUGAGGACAAACAGGGUGAAGGAUUAACUAAUGUGGGGCAGGAUGUCCAAGAAGAAAGUGUUCCUGUAACUGGAUCCGAAUCUCGCCACACUCCUGAAACUGCAACACCCAGUGCACCCAAUAAUGAUCCACCCUCAGAACAAUCAAUUGAUCGAAUUUGCUUAAUGUUUUCUGAUGUUACAUCUUUAAAGAGUUUUGAUUCGUUUACGGGAUGUGGGGACAUUAUUGCUGACCAGGAUGAUGAAGGAAAUGUCUGUGAAAGAGGAGCUCCUGCAGAAAAGGGAAAGGGUGGUGCAAAAAAAGGCUCAAAUAUUCUAAGUUAUCAAGGUGGAGGAGAGGAGAUGGCAAGCCCAGAUGAAGUUGACGAUGAAUAUCUGAAAGAAUUUUGGGACACACCACCGUCAACUGCUGAGCCUCUUAAAGACAAACAAAGACAGGUUAUAACUGACCAAACAUCAUGGAUGGCUUCAGGUAUUACAACUUGCCUUGAUGAAGCAGCAGAUGUUACGUUAGUCAAACAGCUUACUCUGAAUGAUAUUUCCAUAAGUAAAAAUGAUAAUGAAGACCCAACAACCACUAAGUGCGAUCAACAAGAAUGUGUCCCAAAUAGUGAUGAGGGAUACUGGGACUCCACAACCCCUGGACCUGAUGAUGAAAGUGGGAAAACCCUUGCUACCAGGGCAAGUAUUCCUAGAGACAGUUACAGUGGGGAUGCUCUGUAUGAUCUGUUUGCAGAUCCAGAUGAAAGUCUGACAAGUAUUGUUUCAGAUGAAGAAAUGUCCUCUUUAUCUGAAUCUAAAAUGCGGUCUCCAAGAUCUCUCAUGUCUGCAUCCAACAUUGCUACAAUCUCCAAGGACAAGAAUGUAUCUGCCAUCCCUAGGCACAAGGCCACAUUAACUGUACGUCAGGGUGAAGCAAACCAUACUCAUUGGCCUCAGAUGAAUCAACAGUUGGUAGGAUGCGAGCCAGCAAGAACCAAAAUCCCUGUUGCCAAGACUUCAAUUCCUCGACCCAGUAACAAAGUCAUCACUGGGACAAGUGCAAAAGGCUCAGCAACCAAGGGAAAUGCAAAAAAAAUAGCCUCAGAAAAAUUACUCUGGCAAAAUUAAAAUGUGCAUGUUACAUCAGUCCAGAACCACAAAUAUUUGUAUGGUUAAGCACAAUGGGUCGAGAUUCUGCUUGCACUCAUACUAUUUACACUGUGCAACAGAACUUUUAUCACUUGGCAAGAAGAGUCUCCCCAAGAUGUAACAAUCGUGCCUAGAAAUGUUAAGUAAUGCAAAACUUUAAGAAGCACAGAUGCAACACAUAAAAUUUAUAGCUCACAAAUGCUACUUAGGAAAGUGAUUAUGUGACACAUUAGGCUUUAAAUGGAACAGCUAACGUGAACAAAAAUGGUGAUCGUGGGGGAAUAUAAAAUAUAUUUGUGAAACAGUGACCUUAAGAGCUUUAUCCGAAUCAUAUACAAUUUUUUUAAUGAAAAACAAUAGAUGGUAUGUUGCUACCUUUUGUUAGGACAUGAUCAUUAAUUGUCAUCAACAUAAACUACAGCAGUGAAAAGCUACACUGUGAUUGUGCCUAAAGCCAAUCCAUUCUGGGAUCAGAUUCUGUUGAAUCAUUGGAUGAUUGUGAUCUACAGCAGAAGAAAGGGGACUGAUAUGUAAGUUGGUUAUAUAACUGUGAUCAGGGAAUGAUUACAUAACCAGACCAGCUUGCAUUCUCAUCACGGAGGAACCAUUCAAAAUUAAUGUAUAGGAAGCUGAUAAAUGAGUAUAGCAUUUAUUCCUUUGAAGCUAUUUUUUGAAAGGGAGAGAAGACUGCCAUUCUCCAUCAUUUUAAUGCCUUCAUGAUGUAUCCUUUUGAAUUUUCAAUCUGCCAAUGUUUUUUUGAAUCACUAAAUCCCAGUGGUCUUAUUUUCCACAUGUGAGUGAGUACAAAACUCAGAAUGUGGAGAUAAAAUACAAUGGAGUAAAUGACCACCAGAAAUGUUCUCACAAAUGGGGGCAGAUUAAAGUGUAAGAGUGUAUAUAACUUGGUUAUAUUUGAUUGUUCUUUCCAGAAUCUUCUGUACAGUCAUUGCUUUAACUCUGUAUAGACAAAGUGAUAGUCAAAUGAUCUCCAAUUUUUAUAUUAAAUCUCUCUGAGACGUA